AUGAGGACAAUCGACGAUACCUACGGGGACUCGGUGACCGGCGUCCUCCCUACUUAUGGUGCCAAUUGGAAUGCUGGGCAAACGUGCUCUGGGUGUGCAGUCCAACCGAGUCCGAGCGGGACAUACAGAGGCACUUGGCACGACACAACUUCGGACAACCCGAACUCGACUACGGGUCACGCUGUAACGCUGGAAUUCACGGGAACGGCAAUCUCGGUGUAUUGCAUCCUUGUUAACUCCGGCAGUCCAUAUGUCACUAUCGCGUCGUACAUCAGCUUCGAGAUGGACGGCGACCCAGCUGGUACAUAUACCCAUAACCCGGAUACAAGUGCUGGUGCCGCGCAAUAUGUGUAUAAUGCCACUGUUUUCAGUCAGACGGGUCUCAGCAACGCGUCGCACACGCUGCUGAUGAACGCGACGCAGGGAUCUCAAGCGUCACUUGUGUUGUUUGAUUGGGCCAUGUACACGUGA